UCCACCACCGUUACCCGCCUAUCACCGUCACCACCUUAAACCGCAAACCCAUCUUUCGCGGCACUAAAACAUGGCUUUUCGGUGCUUAGUUUUGGCGUUGGUCGUAGCACUAUGUUUAGAGGUUGCACCGGUCUACUCUCAAAUCACUACCCCAUGCUCACCUACUAUGAUCACUAGCUUUACACCAUGUUUAAAUUUCUUAACCAAUAGCACUACCAAUGGAUCCACAACACCAACUUCCGACUGUUGCAAUUCACUCAAGACCCUCACUAGUCGCGGUACUGAUUGCCUCUGUCUCAUUGUUACUGGGAGUGUGCCCUUCCAAAUCCCCAUAAACCGGACCCUAGCCAUUUCUCUACCACGCGCUUGUAACAUGCCCGGCGUGCCUCUUCAGUGUAAAGCUCCAGCAGGCUCCCCUAUUCCAGCACCAGGUCCAGCUGCAUUAGGCCCUGCUAUGUCACCUGGAAGUUCAUCCACGGUCCCAGAGGCGUCGUCGCCAAACACAACACCUGAAUCAAACAUAACGCCCGCCUUGUCACCACCAGCACCUGAAUCUGAUACAACACCCACCUUAACCCCACCAUCUACCGAUGGAGGCUCUGGAGUUCUGACCCCACCAUCUACCGAUGGGGCUUCUGGAGUACCGACCACUGAUGCAGGCAGUCGUCCCUCCCUAACUCCAGCGUCCGUUGCUUCCACUUAUGCAAAUUCACCAUUUAGUCUUAUUGCGUCUGGAAUUAUGCUCAUUUGGUAUUUCUUGUUUUAGAAAUUUCUUUUUAUGUCAAUAUUUAUAUUGUUUGUCUUGUUAUUGUAUUUUGAUUUUGUUUA